AUGCGGCCACCUCCUACAGGACAUAUGGUGAUCAACAUGAAGACGACCAUCACCACUCAUGGAGCCCACAACGGUGUUAUCGUACAUGCUGGUGUGCAGUCAGGAGCGGGAACAUCAUCCCAAGGCUCUCAAUGGUAUGUGCCGUCACAAUUCCCACAAAUCGAAACGCCUGGCGGAACGAGACUUCAUGCAGUUGCGCCAGGUACCAGUCAGGAGAAUCUGGCAACAAGCUGGCCUUCUCUCAACAUCAACACCAACUCUCCCCUACCCGAACAGCGUCAUUUGCGGCAAGAACGCUCACCGCAGCCGACACGUCAGGAGCCUUCUCCACUGCCCAGACGGUUACCAGAACCUUCUCCGCCACUUCGAAGGGCUCCCUCCCCGCCACUACGACGGGCUCCGUCUCCGCCAUCGUCGCCGGUCUUCUCAUUCAAUGGACGGGAUUCCCCGCCGGAUGAGUUCAUUCAACCUACAAAAGUCACUCUUCACGGUUGGAAGUUGGAACUGUCGACGAGCUGGAGGAAGUGGAGAGGUUACUGCGUUCGCGAAGGGUGA